GGUAAGGCCCGGAUUUCAGGAAGAUGGCCCCUUCCCCUGCCUUUUCGGCCCCCAUCUUUGUCUUCUGCCUGCUGACUCUCAGCCCCACGGACUCCCUCGAGCCGGCCCCUGUGGUCUCCAGACUCCCAGAGGUCACCAACAGCUUCCAGAACCAGGAUCCGUGGGCCUCUCAGCCACGAGCCAUGACCCAUCACCACAGACACAGCCUCCUGAGGCAGGAGUGGGCCCACCGGGGGAUGCCGGGCCAGGCCAGAGUCUCCGGGGAGGCCAGCCUGCGGCACCCGGGCAGGUCUGGAUCGAUGGAGCGGCCCGCCAGCCUCCGGCAGAAGGACGUUUUCUUGGGCUUCACCUUUCCCUAUCCGGAGCAGGAGAACCACUCCCCAGGGUUGGAAAGAGGGAAGAAGCACAACCGGGAGCUCCGAAGACACAGCCGCAGGGACCGGCUGAAGCAGCACCGAGGCAAAGGUCCUGAUCGGGGCCCAAGCGCGCUGUAUAAAAAGCCUGAAAACUUUGAGGAGCAAUUUCAGGCACUCCAGACGGAAGGUUCCUCUACAGGAUUGGUGCCCACCUCCCUUCUCAGCUCCACAUCAAAUACUUCAACCGAGAAGCCCCCCGCUCCCCAAGCUACGUCCCCCCGUCCUCGGGUCCGUGCCAGGCAAGAGGGGGACGUGAUGCCCACCCUGGACAUGACUCUCUUCGACUGGACGGAUUACGAAGACCUCCGGCCAGAUAUGUGGCCCUUGUCCCAGAAGAAAGAGAAACAGCGGAGUCAGGCUGGUGGGAAUGAAACCACCCCCACUGAAGGGGAGCCCUGCGACCACCAUCUCGACUGCCUCCCAGGCUGCUGCUGCGACUUGAGGGAGCAUCUCUGCAAGCCCCACAACCGUGGCCUGAACAACAAAUGUUAUGAUGAUUGCAUGUGCGCAGAAGGUCUGCGCUGCUAUGCCAAAUUCCACCGCAACCGGAGGGUGACCAGGCGAAAAGGCCGCUGUGUGGAGCCAGAGUACACCGAUGGAGAUCAAGGAUCAUUUAUUAAUGUCUAGAGAGAUGCUGGGAAGCUUUUCUUGGCUGAAGGAGUUAAUUUAUAAUUAGUGGUGGGGUUGGGAAUGGAAGGGCAACCGGACGGCUUUGAUG